GGUAAAUGCUUAGGAAAUCAUGAUAUUGCUUAAUAAAUCACGGCGAUAUGUAAUACACCCUCAAAACUAUUGGAGCUGAGGUUUUUUUUUGUUUUUUUUUCAAUGGUUAACCUGCCUCUAUCAAGAUGUCUCAGAGCUGGCCAGCUGAGUAGAGGACUGUCCUCUAAUCCCUGUGCUUUGCACCUGCAGCCAUGAAUGGUGGAGCCAGCGCGUGGGCCAUAACUGCAGAGGAGAGGGGGAAACAUGACAAGCAGUUUGACUCCCUCGCCCCAGUCCUGGGCUACGUCUCAGGAGAACAAGCGAGGAAAUUCUUUCUGCAGUCCGGCCUUCCUGCUUCUGUCUUGGCUGAGAUUUGGCACCUUGCAGACUUGGACGGUGAUGGGAAGAUGGACAGGUUGGAGUUUUCUAUCGCCAUGAAGCUCAUUAAACUCAGGCUGCAGGGGCGGAACCUGCCGUCUACCUUGCCCAUCAUCAUGAAGCAACUCCCUACUUCAAAUAGUAGUUCAGCCGUCCCUUCAUCAGCAAGAUUUGGGAUGGGAUCUCUGCCAAAUCUGUCCGUCGGUCUGUCCUCCAUGUCAGCCAUGUCCGUCAUGCCCAUCCUAACACCCACCCCAGCUAAUCCUCCUAUGUCCUCUGUGCAACCCCUGAUGCCAACUCCAAUGACUCUGCCCCUGAUCACGUCCCUCGGAAGCUGCAGGCUUCCCAACGGCAGCAUUAGUCUCCUCAGCCUGCCGCUCGGUCCCAACAACGCAGGGACCCCCCUCUCUGGCUUCUCCUCUCCUAUGGCUUUCUCUCCAUCCACGGGCAUGUCAAAGGCCAACUCUCUCCUGGACCUGGGAUCGAGCAGUUCAAAUUCUUCCUCCACCACGUCAUUGACCAGCAACUCUCCAAAGAUGGGUGCAGGCGACUGGGCCGUUCCUCAGGCCUCCAGACUCAAGUAUCGUCAGCAGUUCAACACACUAGACAAGCUCAUGAGUGGCUACUUGUCAGGACCUCAGGUCAGAAAUGCUCUGAUUGCAUCAAACCUGACCCAGACUCAACUAGCCACCAUCUGGAACCUGGCAGAUGUGAAUAAGGAUGGUCAGCUGCGGGCCGAUGAGUUUAUUCUGGCCAUGCACCUGGUGGACAUGGCUAAGACCGGCCGCCCGCUGCCUCUCACGUUGCCUCAAGACCUGGUUCCCCCCGCGCUCAGAGGAGGAAGUAAGCCCAGCGAGAAGCUUGUUAAUCUUGUUAACGGAACGGGACCCUACAUUACUCCUAGUUUAAUAGACACAACGGAGCUAGAACCUUCACCAAAGAGCAAGAACAGUGUGUCUUACGAAGACAAGCUGAAGGAGAACUUUGUACGCGGCAGCGCCGAGCUGGAGAAACGGCGGCUGGCUCUCGAGGAGGAACAGAGGAAGGAGAGGGAGAGGAGAGACAGGGAGGAGCGGGAUGCUCAGGAACGCAGGGAGAGGGAGGCCAGGGAGAUGGAGAACCGGAGGAGGCUGGAGGAGGAGAGGAGGUUGGAGAGGCAGAGAGAGGUGGAGAGACAAAGAGAGGAGGAGAGGCUGCGAGAGCUGGAGAGGAAGGAGGCAGCAAAGCAGGAGAUCGAGCGCCAGAGGAGGGAAGAGUGGGAGCGAGGCAAGAAGGAGGAGCUGGGAAGGAAGAAAGAGGGGGAGCAGGAUGAGAUCUGUCGACUCAGGGAGAAAAAGAAAAGCCUUGAGUUGGAGCUGGCAGCUGUGGGCAACAGGCACAAGCAGAUCUCAGACCGUCUCCGCGAUGCUCAGAGCAAGAGGCGGAUCCAGAAGGCAGAGGUGGACCUCGUCAAUCAGAGGAGAGAUGCACGCGUCGCUGAGAUCAACACACUGCAGCUUGAGUUCGAGGACUGGCAGAGGAAGCUGUCAGAGCUCGUUCCGGAGCAACAGCGACUGACUGAGAAGCUGCGAAAGAUUGGCCUCAACAAACUCUCCUCCGUGACGUUGACAUCCCUCACCGGGAGCGUGACGGAGAAGAGCGUGAACUGCCGCAGACUCAAGGACCAGCUUGACAUUCUGGAAAAGGAGACGACAGACAAACUGGCCCAGAUGGAGCAGUACAACAAAGAGCUUAAGGAGCUGAGGGAGAAGCAGGUGAAGCAGCAGGCCGUCCUGGACGACCUGCACAGAGUCAAAGAAGAGAAACUGAGGGAGCUGGAGAGGCGCAGGGAGGAGGAGAGAGAGAGGAGGAGAAGAGAGGAAGAGGAGGCAGCCAGACAGGCAAAGCUGGAGCAAGAGAAGAGAGAGCAGGAAAGAAGGGAGCAAGAGAGGAGGGAGAGGGAGGAAGAGGAGGCACGGCAGAGGAGGCUCCUGGAGGAGCAACGGGCCAGGCAGAGAGAGGAAGAGGAGAAGGAGGCGCAGGCUCGCCUCCGAGCAGCCCAGGAGAAAGCACAGGAAGAGGAGAGACGACGGAGAGAAGAGGAGGAGAGAAGGAAGAAGGAGCUGGAAGAGGAGAGGAAACUAAAAGAGGUGGAGGAGAAGAGGAAGAAAGAGGAGCAGGAAAGAGGAGGCGUGCAGCUGACCACAUUCAGGGCGCUGUACUCCUUCGCUGCUCGGAACGCAGACGAACUGAGUAUCGAUGCAGAUUGUCUCAUUGAGGUCGAUGAGCACACCCUCGGUGAGCCUGGCUGGUUCUGUGGGAAUUACCGUGGGAAAAGGGGCUGGUUCCCCCAGAGUUAUGCAGAGAAAUGUCCCACACCCUCCACCUCUGAGGCUGCACCUUCUGCGCCUGGACGGAUGUCCCACCCUCCACCAUCAAUAAACAUAAGUGACCCAGGCAUGAAUAAAGUGGACGACGGCCCUAUUCCUUCUCAUUUGGAUGCUUCACAGUCUGCGGUCACUCUGCUCGCUCGGGCCGUCUCCUCCUGGUCUGCCACUUCAGAACCUCGCCCCAACCUCUCUUCAGACGCCGACGGUGUGACGUUGAGCUUCUCGCAGGGCGACGUCAUCGCUGUGCUGCAGCAGAGGAGCGACUGGUGGUUGGGGCAGCUGAACGGAACGCAGGGAUGGUUCCCCAAAAGUUAUGUCACUUUGGAGUCAAGUGGGAGUACAGAUGUGGAUGCACUGGACUCUUCUGACUUUAUUCCAUUGGAAGAGUAUGUGGCCCUGUACACGUACGAGAGCCCAGAGGCGGGGGACCUGACGUUUGUUGAGGGGGAUGUUGUCAUGGUGACGGAUAGAGAAGGGGAGUGGUGGCGAGGAUGCAUUGGGGACAAGGCGGGAGUGUUUCCAUCCAACUAUGUGCGACCUGUCGAGCCAGAAGUAUCAAAGACUGGAGCUCCAGCCAAGAAACCUGAGAUUGCUCAAGCCGUCACCACCGCAGAGCCCCAAACAGCCCAUCAGCUGCGUUUGUCUCCAGGGCAACUGAUUGUUGUGAAGGCCAAGAACUCCACCGGCUGGUGGCUGGGGGAACUGCAGGCUCGGGGGAAAAAGCGGCAGAGAGGGUGGUUUCAUUCCUCUCAUGUCAAGCUCCUGGGUCCCUCCAGCAGCAAGUCCUCCCCCUCGCCUCUGCCAGUGUGCCAAGUUAUCGCAAUGUAUGACUACACUGCUGCCAAUCAGGAUGAGCUGAGCUUCUCCAAGGGGCAGCUGAUCAACAUCCUCGACAAGACCAACCCCGACUGGUGGAAAGGAGACGCUAACGGCGUCACAGGGCUGCUGCCCACCAAUUAUGUCAAGAUGACAACAGAAUCAGACCCCAGCCAGCAAUGUUCAGUAGAUUCCUUAUCCGUAUCAGAGCUCGGAGGUGCUCAUGGGUGUGCUGACCUGAUGACGCUGGACACGAUGACCCCUCAGGAGAGGAAGCGGCAGGGAUACAUUCAUGAGCUCAUCCAGACUGAGGAGACCUACGUGGAUGAUCUAGAGCUGGUGCUAGAGGUGUUCCACAAGCCCAUGGCUGAGUCAGGUCGUCUGACGGAAGCUGAGAUGGCUGUGAUCUUUGUCAACUGGAGGGAGCUGAUUGUCUGCAACACUAAACUGCUGAAGGCCUUGCGUGUACGUAAAAAGAGCGGCGGAGAUAACAUGCCUGUUCAGCUGAUCGGAGACCUGCUGGCGUCAGAGCUCGCGCACAUGCAGCCGUACAUUCGCUUCUGCUCCUGCCAGCUGAACGCUGCGGCCCUGCUGCAGAGCAGAACCCACGACCAGCCAGACUUUAAAGAGUUCCUCAAGAAGAUAGCCACUAAUUACCGGUGUAAAGGAAUGCCACUGUCCAGUUUCCUCCUCAAGCCCAUGCAGAGGAUAACUCGCUACCCUCUGCUCAUAAAGAACAUCUUGGAGCACACCCCAGACGGCCAUGCAGACCGCGAGCCCCUGCGGGCGGCUCUGGAGCGAGCUGAGGAGUUGUGCUCUCAAGUGAACGAGGGGGUCAGAGAGAAGGAGAACUCGGACCGUCUUGAAUGGAUACAGAACCAUGUCCAGUGCGAGGGGCCUAUAGAGCACUUGGCCCUCAACUCGUUGACUAAUUGCCUUGGGCCGCGAAAGUUGCUCCACAGUGGUCGAUUGUACAAAACAAAAAGCAGCAGAGAGCUCUGGGCUUUCCUCUUCAAUGAUUUCCUGCUCUUCACACACAGUGCCAAGCCUUUCUCCUCUUCGGGAUCAGACAAGUUAUUCAGCCCUAAAACCAGCAUACAGCUGAAGAUGUACAAAACGCCACUGUUUCUGAAUGAGGUUUUGGUCAAAAUGCCGCCGGACCCGUCCAGCGACGAGCCGGUCUUCCAUGUGUCGCACAUCGAUCGUGUCUACACACUCAAAACCGAAACUCUGAGUGAGAGGACAGCGUGGGUUCAGAAGAUUAAAUCUGCAUCCGAACAUUUUAUAGAGACAGAGAAGAAAAAGAGAGAGAAAGCAUACCAAGCUCGUUCUCUAAAGAGCAGUGGAAUCGGUCGAUUGCUGGUAACUGUCAUCGAGGCCCAAGAACUUAAGGCCUGCAAGCCCAACGGUAAAAGUAAUCCUUAUUGUGAGCUGACGAUGGGAGCUCAGUGCUACACAUCCCGGCCCAUCAGCGACAAUCUGAACCCCAAGUGGAACUUCAACUGCCAGUUUUUCAUCAAAGACCUCUACCAGGAUGUGCUGUGCAUCACUGUGUUCGAGAAGGAUCAGUUCUCACCAGAUGAUUUCCUGGGUCGCACUGAGGUUCCUGUGGCAACUAUAAAGAAAGACAUGGAGAACAAAGGAGCGGCUAACCGUCGACUGCUACUGCAUGAAGUCCCCACUGGUGAAGUGUGGGUCAAGCUAGACCUACAGCUCUAUGAGCCAACCAAAUAAGCACCAUCAUGCAUCAGGACCUACUUAUACAGAAAUGGAAGAUACACACGGCACGAGUACUCGUUUAUCCCGUUUGAUUCUAUAAUGCAACAGAAAAUUAUCUGGAUUUUACUGGCCCUACCGUGGUCCGACUUUUUAAUUGACCUCAAGCGAUCGGAAAUGUGAAGAUAUUUUCUUAAUUAUCACUGGAGUGGAGUCUUUUAAAAAAAAUCCCCUUUUUAUGGAAAUAAUUUUGCCCAAUGGUUAAGAUUUAAAGAAUUCAUGUGAAAACGGUGUUUUACAGAUAAUGGAGGAUUAAAUGUACAUGAUAAAUGUAUAGUUAUAUUCAGUCUCGCAGUGCCACACAUAUCUGUGUGUUAUAACUGUUGCAAAUUACUUUAAAUUGUCAUCUGGCAUAGUAACCCUAUGGUAUAACCAUGGGGUUUCAUCAUAGAUACGCCAUUGAAUCCUGAAAAUGGUAUGAAUAAAAUGUAUAUACAGUAAAUUUUUUUCUGGUUUCCUGAUGUCUUACACAAUGGCUUUAGAUCUGGUACUGAUGAAACUGGAAACGUGAGGAAGAUGUGGCUUUGUUUUAUUCUGGUUUAGACAAUAGGUGCUGUGAACUUGAUGUUUGCGGGCAGCGUCUGCGUGUGGAGAACCAGCAGCUGGUCUGAUGGCAUCUUCCAUCUGAUUCGGUUCUUCCACAGCGUAGUAUGUACUCCAGUCUAGAUGAGACACAAUUAAAACGUGUUGCUGUAAUUCUGAAGGUUUGUGUGCUGCAGCUGUAUCACUUAGCCACCGUGACUACAACAGAGGAAAAAAGGUGAUUGAAAAUAACAUUCAAAUUUUGCAGUACCUCCCAGGAUGCUUUUGUUGAGGCUCAGAAAGGCACUGAAAGUUUUAUGGGUGGAAAUACUGGAGGUUUAGAUGAAGCCUCUGGACGUUGAGACAGCACAGACUUUCUGAGAGGGUGACGAUUUUCAGGUAGUUUCUGUACUUUACUUCUUGUGCUUUUACAUCCUACAAAACAGAAAAGUGGUCAAUAAAUGAGUAAACAUGCUCUUGAACACAUUUGAACCGAUUAUGUCCAUAAGCUU